UGUUCCUUCACAGAUACAAACCAGUGGGUCAUGUACUCACAGUUUUCUUUUGUUGAGAACAUUCCCAGAGUGAUUUUCUUUCUUUUUCUUUUUUCCUUUUUAGGAACAAAACAUUACCCUUUCAUUUGUACUGCCUCCUUCCACACGAAUGCCCCUUUGGCCAAAGAAGAUUAUUACCAGAUAUUAGGAGUGCCUCGAAAUGCCAGCCAGAAAGAGAUCAAGAAAGCCUAUUAUCAGCUUGCCAAGAAGUAUCACCCCGACACAAAUCAGGAUGAUCCCAAAGCCAAGGAGAAGUUCUCCCAGCUGGCAGAAGCCUAUGAGGUUUUGAGUGAUGAGGUGAAGAGGAAGCAGUACGAUGCCUACGGCUCUGCGGGCUUCGAUUCUGGGGCCAGCGGCUCCCAGCACAGCUACUGGAAGGGAGGCCCCACUGUGGACCCCGAGGAGCUGUUCAGGAAGAUCUUCGGGGAGUUCUCAUCGUCUUCGUUUGGAGAUUUCCAGACUGUGUUUGAUCAGCCUCAGGAAUACAUCAUGGAGUUGACAUUCAAUCAAGCUGCAAAGGGGGUCAACAAGGAGUUCACCGUGAACAUCAUGGACACCUGUGAGCGCUGCGAUGGCAAGGGGAACGAGCCUGGCACCAAGGUGCAGCAUUGCCACUACUGCGGUGGCUCCGGCAUGGAAACCAUCAACACAGGCCCUUUUGUGAUGCGUUCCACGUGUAGGAGAUGUGGUGGCCGCGGCUCCAUCAUCAUAACGCCCUGUGUGGUCUGCAGGGGAGUAGGACAAGCCAAGCAGAAAAAGCGAGUGAUGAUCCCUGUGCCUGCAGGAGUCGAGGAUGGCCAGACCGUGAGGAUGCCUGUGGGAAAAAGGGAAAUUUUCAUCACGUUCAGGGCAGACAUCCACUCCGACCUCUUUAUUUCUAUAGCUCAAGCUCUUCUUGGGGGGACAGCCAGAGCCCAGGGCCUGUACGAGACGAUCAACGUGACGGCCACUUCAUUCUCUGUAUGCGCCUCAGAACCUUCUCCAGCUUCUUUGUGGGGAACCUUGGGGAGGCUAACGAGCCGGCAGCAGAACCUGAUCCUGAGCUACGCCGAGGACGAGACAGAUGUGGAGGGGACAGUGAAUGGCGUCACACUCACCAGCUCUGGUGGCAGCUCCAUGGAUAGCUCCGCAGGAAGCAAGGCUAGGCGUGAGGCUGGGGAGGACGAGGAGGGAUUCCUUUCCAAACUUAAGAAAAUGUUUACCUCCUGAUAUCCCAGCUGAGGAAAAAGAUCCACUGGAAACUAGGCCAGGAAGCAGCAGCCCCUCCCAGGGCCAGGGCACCUGGGAGACGAGAGGAUUCCAGAACAGCAGCACUGAGCUCCCACCCGCAGAGCCUCUGGACGGCCUUGACAACAGCAAAAUCAUGGGACAACACCUCUCUCCACACAAAGGUCACAGUGGACAGCCUGGGCAGUAGGAUGCAGCCCCGAAGGCUGGUGGCAGUUUCCUGUCCAUGGGUAGGUGACGGCCCCUGGCUCAGGCAGAGGGAGACGGUUAGACUCUUGUAGGGCUAAAACUCUAAUUUGGAAUUGAAUGUUGUGGAGAUCUUAAUUAAAGGCCACACUUACAGCUUAGAAAUGAAGGCUUAAGUGGCACCAAGUUACAAAGUGAUUUAUUUCCUUCUCAGCAAACCUCCGGGAGGUUCCAGAAUGAGUUCUUUCUCACAGGUUGUCUUCAUGGGAGCCUGGGGCCCCCCCAGGCCCCACCAGCUCCGUCCUCCCCUGAUGAGGGGCCCUGCUGAGUUGUCAGCUGCUCUGCUCAGUUAGUCUUUAUUCCCGGGGUACCAGGCAGCUGCACACUCGGGGCCUGGGAGGCACAUAGAGGCCCAGAGAGUCCAUGGGGGUUCUGCUCCUGACCGUGUGGGUGGUGGUGAUCCUUGUCAGGAUAGACAGUCCUUGCUCCCACCCCAUCCAGGAUGGCCGCCUGUUGCUGACCAUUGAGUCCUGUUGUUGUAAGCCAGGCAUGGAGGGCUCCUGCCCUUCUGCUGAGCCACAGCCCUCUGCAGCACUGUGCUGGCCAGAUUUCAGCUGCCUUGGGAACUGAAGCCCUGCCACUGUUGCUAGCCAGGGGCUUGGUUCUCCCACUUACACUGUUGACAUCUAUUUUCUGAAGUGUGUUUAAAUUAUUCAGUGCUAAUCAUUGUUUUUUCCUGUGUAAAUGUUGAUUCAGAAAAGGAAAGCACAGGCUAAGCAGUUAAAGGCUCCCCACCAUUCAGCCAGAGCAGAACCCCUAUUCCCCAGCCUCUGCUGGUAGCAUGUCGCAGUUUCCAUGUGUUUCAGGAUCCUUGGGCUGUUGUCAGACAGGUUAAUGAAGAAACAUUUCUCAAUAGUUUCCUUUUUGUUUUCCUUUAUAAUUCACUAAAAUAAAGCAUCUAUUAGUGUCUGAUUUAGGAAUGUAAAAUGAUUCUGUAUUAAUGUAAAUAAGAUUAUCUAUUGCAAAAAGAUAUUUAAAACCUAAA